CCAUCAUUAGUUUCUCCUCCUCUUCCAUUGCAGGUUUCACGACAUCCAAUCAAGCCGACCAGAAGAUGGCGAGACAUCAUCAAAUCAGGCAGUGUGCUGUGACCUCCCGACCCCUCAUGACUCCGGAACUGCAAAGCAGAUGGGAAUAAUAAAGUGUAAUUGGGACAUGUCAGAUAGCAAGCCAGGCUUCUCCCUCGUCCCUCAUUGCGCCAACUCCAACUGUCCAAGCUUCGACUAAUUAUCAAAAUGAUCGCGCUGAGAUUAGCUGCAGGAUGUGAUUCCUUUGUGUUCGUCAGAACUCUGUGAAAAAUUUGAAUGGAACUUGAUGGUUUAGCUUUUAGCAGUACUUCUGCCUUAAACUGUAAUUUCCGCGGGAUUUUGGAAACAAUAUCGGGUUGGCAUUACUGAGCCUAGCGUAAUGGUGUGAUGUAAUGUGGUGGCAUAAAAAAAUAUAUAACAGCACUACACCUUUAAGAAGUACUCUUAGCAAUAAUUGCAUAUUUGCUUGUUGUUUUCAACGCUAUGACGUAAAUUGCACAGCAUAAUUCAAAGCUCGCGUAUAUGUGAAAACUGGUCUGUGCUGACCUUUAAGCCUUGAUCUCUCAACUUUAAACUGCAACAACAUAAGCCUUGUAAUACUAAAUAAACGUUACAAUGUGGCAAUCUACCAGAGACAACAGUGGUACUUCUGCCAACCGCCUCUUCGCUUAUUUCAUCUUCCUGUCUGGAAUAUUCCACGGCUCCAGAGUUCAAGGUCAGCUGUUUGACCUUGAGUACACCAUUGACGAAGAACAGCCCGUCCCCUCCACCAUAGGUCGUAUCGGGAAAGACUCGAACAUCUCCCAACUGUUGAGUAGUGACGACUAUGGCAGUCUUCGGUACCGCCUUCUCAUCUACCCGGACGCUGACAACAAUCUAUUCACAAUAGGGAACACCACGGGGCUUCUCAAAACAUCUGCUCGGAUAGACAGAGAGACUCUGUGCCACUACGAGAUCACGUGCAAGCUGACCCUGCGUGUGGCGGCUCAGACAGAGUCCGGUCAACAGUUCUACACCUUCAAGGUCACUAUCUAUGUCCGUGACACUAACGACAACCCUCCAGUUUUCCCACUGUCCUCUAUGACGGUCAAAAUCAAUGAGGAUGCGGCUGUGUCUACUUCGAUACCCAUUUCGUCCGCCUCAGAUAUUGACAUAAUGAAUAACACGAUACAGCGGUAUAUGCUCAAGACACCGAGUGAUACCUUUGGAUUGAAGGUGACGAGGAACCUGGACGGAAGCCUGGUCCCCCAGCUCUACGUCAAGGCAGACAUGGACAGAGAACAACGUCCCUACUACUACCUCAAAAUUGUCGCCCUUGAUGGCGGCGUGCCCAGACGCUCGGGGGAGCUGGCCGUCAACGUGACCCUCAGUGACGUCAAUGACAACGCGCCCAGGUUCUCCCAGCAGACGUAUGACGUGUUUGUGGACGAGGUGGCGCCACUCAACAGCCGGGUCUGGACGCUCACUGCUACAGAUGCCGACGUGGGGCAGAACGGGAGAGUCAGAUUCCGGCUUGGGACAAGGCAGUCUGAAGAGUCUUUCAACACGUUCCGUGUCAUUCCGGAAUCGGGCAACAUCGUGACAGUUCGAGAGCUGACGUCACUACAAGGAGAAACACUGCGUCUGGUUGUGGAAGCUAUUGACCAUGGCGCCAAACCUCAAACUGCACAGGCGGAAGUAAACAUCCAUGUGGUAGACUCCGUCAACAACCCUCCUGUCAUCACCAUGACCUUGCCGGCGGGGUCACGGGUGUCAAGGGUCAGCGAGAAGGCGGAGCCGGGCUUUGUGGUGGCUCACUUCAUGGUGGAGGACGCGGACCAAGAGGAGAACGGGAGAGUGUCGUGUCAUCUACAGGGAUUGAGGCGAUAGAUCCGGACGAAGGAGCUUCUGGACAGGUCGGAUAUCGCCUUCUCACAGAGAACGAAGCCACACGACUCUUCAACCUUUCCCAAAACGGCGAGGUUCGAACCCUAGCCACCUUCGACAGGGAAUUUCGAGACAUUUACGACAUCAACGUUCUGGCCAGGGACUACGGACCCGACCCCAGCACCAACAUCCUCCAUAUCCGUAUUAUAAUCGCUGACGACAACGACCACGCCCCUGUGUUCCGUUACCCUAGAGAUGGGAAUCGAAGCGCGGCAAUAGCUCUCAGCGCUAAACCUAACACUACCAUAGUCAGAGCUGUCGCUGUUGAUGACGAUCUGGGUCAGAAUUCGUCCUUGACCUACACAAUCACAGCCGGCGCUGAUGACGUUUUCGAGAUUGAACCGCGAACUGGUAGGAUUUACACCCUCAGACGACUCUACACCAAAGACAAAGGCACGUACACAGUAAAGCUUUUCGUAAGAGAUAACGGCCCUUUUCCCCUGUCUGCGCGAGAGACAGUUAUUCUGAAAGUCACUCAGGGGAACGGUACAGCCGCUGCUAUCGGCUACAGCAAUAACGACCACAUUAUCAUCGUCGCUAUACUCGUCGGAGCCACUGUUUUUAUCGCCAUCAUCGUGUUUCUCAUCGUGCUGAGGUUUCUACGCAAAGACAGACGCGAGAGGCGACCUAAGUACACUAGUGGUCUGCCUAUGGAGGUCAAGAAGAGGUCAAACAGUCCGGAUGACGAAGUGUCCAGUGACGAGGGACCCUGGCGACGUUAUGACGAGGCUAAAAGACCCAACGGUCCCACGGUGACGUCCGGUGACGUCAGCUAUGACGCUAAUGAUGACAUCAUCAUGUUCAAGCUGAAGCUAGCAGAUCAGUACAAAGAACUGGAGCCAGAAGACAAGGAUCGUGCAAAUCGAAGCCUCCCCCGUACCGACCGGGGCGGUGCCUCUAACCGGACCAGCAGCGUCAUCAGUGACGAAGACGGAGCUCCUGACGUCAGCAGAGACCGCACAGCCACACGCCUGGCCACCUUCCAGAGCAAACUGCCGCCAUUACAGGCAUCCGGAUACUCCAACGGAGAGCAAAAAGAAAAGGUAUGGCGCUCCGCGCUCAAGGACAAGAUGGCAGACGAGAUUCUGAGCAGCUCCUCAAGGGAAACAAGCGGGGCAGACAGUGGGCGUGGUCCCAGCGAGGACGGAAGUCAGAGCCGCUCCUCUGUGACGGAUGACUCCGGCUGCCUAGUCUCCCCGAGUCACUCCAUCCUACGUGUCCACACUCCCAAGCACCAGGGCAACACCUCAACCUUCACCUCGCCCACCUCCGCCACAGGGGGCUACGAGAGGCCUCCCUUCCUCAUGACUUUCCAGACCAAUUCUCCAGAACACACGCCCUCAGGUGGCCCCGGAACUGACGGGAACGGAACGAGUGGCGGUUUCUAUACGGGUCCGCGAAAAGAAUACCCGUACCCACCCCCUCCCUCAGCGGGGACUCUGCCUUCGUCCAGAUUUAAUAACACUAACCCGAAAGAAGUGUCCCUGGGUGGUGGAGGGAGGGAAAAGAUGAGGCAGGACGAGAAAGUCGCGACCGUUCACAGAAUCCGGUGUAGCCCCAGCCCAGAGCUGGGACGUCGGAACCAACAAGAGACAUCCAUGAAGCAAGUGUAUUCGGAGGAGGACCCGUACUCUCGAGGUAAAGGGAGGCCUGCGACGUCUAGUAAGAAUUCCACUCCGAGUCGUGAUGUAGGGGGAAAGAAACUGGGUGGGGAUAUGUCGUCACCGGGGAAGAUGGGAGUGGUCAAGAGCGGGGGUAGAGGUAGAGGAGGAAACAGCUCCUACCCUAACGGCGUGGUGGUUGCCGAGAGAGAGAAGUUUGUCCACCCGCCUCAGUUCGCGAGGGAGGUCCGCCUGUGUUCAGAACCCCCCAUCUCUCGUAACGAGAAUGGAGAGGUCUCAACAGCUCUCUACAACCCGAUCGGCGUGCAGGAGACAGGACCCCAAUCAGCCCCUCCCUCUAUCUUCGCACCGCGCAGCAACACGACAAAACCCAUGUUUGUAGGAAGCGGUGUCGGUGCGAAACAUCAUCGAUUAGCAAACCAGAUGAACAACCCAAGAAAUGUCAACCCUAACCCUAAUCACGUAGGAGGAGGUCUGAUUGGUUCCUCCAGCCUUCACCCUAACUCUAACCCGACGCCCGCCUACAAGCAGAGCAUGAGCAGCUGCCCCCAGCUCUUCAAGGACCCCACCUCCCCCUCGUUCUCCUACCCCACUGACCCGUACGCAGAGCAGAGAGCUGCCGCAGUCGCAGCAGCAGCCAGUAGGUCAAAGUCGUUCACUGACCACGCCCCCUUGAGCCUGUCCGUGACCAGCAGAUCGGUGCACGACUUUCUCAACGAUAGCCUUGACACACAAGAUGAUGGCAACACGACCACCACGUCAGGCAGCUACACCAUAGACCACGAGGACUUCUCUAUGGAGCUACCACAGACAGACGUGUUUGUGUAGAAACAGUCACUGUUACAUGCCACAGAACAUGAUGACUUUAGAUUACACAGAGCUUCUACAGACAUAGUAUGUGUUUAUUUAAAGACGGCAGAUGUGUUUGUUUAAAGACAGCCGUGUUUGCAUGAAGACAGACGUGUACAUUGUUGUAUACCAUAAACCAUGAGAACGUCUCCGGCCAUGGAAUUUCUACAUAUGUCUCUUUAAUUAAAGACAGACAGGACUUGGAAAAACAGUGACUUCGCUAUUACACUGUACAAGAAUGUGAAACUUCUACCCAAAUGCAUCGGGUUUUCACCUGCCUUUUGCUACAAAAAAAGGUUUAGUCGCAAUCACUAUUGUCUGUUUAAUACACCUAACCUAACUGUGUAUAAACAUUCACUGCUCAUAUGACGUUGUUACUGAAUUUAAAAGCUCUUUUAGCAUGAUGCAUGCUAAAUUUACUUCCCUCUUUUUACCAAAACAGGUUUUAAUCUGAGUCACUACAGUCUGUUCUAGCAAAAUACAACAGACCUAACUGUGUAAAACUAUUAAUAAUACUUUGUAACCAAAGUAGAGUCCUCUACCAUCAUUAAGUGUUUUUUUCAAACUACUUUAAAAAGGGAACGUAGGUUUCAUCUCAGCCAGAAUAACAGUUUAUUAAAGACAGCCUAUAUUAUAAUAUUAUGAAUGUGUAAAAUAUGUUAAUAAUUCACAACAACAAGGCACCAGAAGGAUAUACUUUUACCACUCUGAAAUGUAUUUAAGCCUGCCUAAUGUGACCAACUGGUAUUUAUGAAAGAAACAACAGCCUCAUAUCGGCAACUGACACAUGUAUACAGAACAAAGAGAUUUAUCUAUAACCUCUUUGGUACAGACGAGCAUUGUUCAUAAUCAUUACAUUGUACUAAAAUUAGAAUCCUCUACCCACAACUUGAACGGUAUUUGAGCCUGCAUUCGUUGAGAGACUCAAUGGAGUUUUGAGUACCACAGGCAAGAAUGUAUAAAAGAUAUACCUGCAAUAUGAUUUUACGCUGGGAUCCACUUCUCCGGUUUUAUGACAAUUCUUUUUUAGUAAACGCCGGUUAACUGUACCCCUUAACAGUCAGUAAAAUAUAGAUACUUGCGGCAUGGUCUGAUAAACAUUCACACAAUCUGUCAGAGAGAUUAAACAUGCUAUACAUAAUAAUAUGCCUCUUGGUUUUACUGCAGUUGAAUUGCAACUCCUGGGACUUUGUAAAUACCUUCACGAACAAGUCAUAAGCGUAUGGUUCACUUGUGUUCAUCGUCAUUAUUUUUCUUCAAACUGAAAAGACCAUGAUUAUUUGUCUUUAUGAGUAACGUUUUUUAAUGGUACACAUCAUGAGUUAUGCCUGUUGUUUAUCGACGCGUGUACGUUACUGACGUAGGCUGUUUUAUCCUGCACGACAUGACAUUCUGAAACCCCAAGGACCACGUUGUUUUGUAAGAAGUAUAAUUUAUUUAACGGUAAAUGAGUAUAAUUUAUUUGUUCGUGUCACUCUAUAAAUUGCCUCAUGGAUGUCUCCCUUGGAACUCUUCUUGUUGCUUCAGGAUCUUUGUUUCGAGAAUAGCUACGUAGUCGAAAGCGACAUGACUUUCUGGGGGAAGUUGAAAGGUUGGGCUUUUUUGCUUAACCUAUUUCAGAUCAGUUUGCGAGCUAGUCACGACAGAUCUAUUUUUCCCCGCACUGACAAAGUACCUCCUACAUGUUCCCACACUGACACUAUACCGCCGACAUCACGACAUAGAGCGAAUAUCAACACACUGACACUGCAUUGCAUAUUUAUGGUGAUUUGUCAAGUGCUUUUUCAUACACUCACAUUCUUUUCCUACAUAGCGAUAGAUCUUUUCAGUAAAUAGUAAUAGUAAACAUACAGUGAAUUUGUCAUGCUACAUCUCGGUAUAACAAUGAACAGUACCUCAAAUAAAUCAAUACACUAACGCUAUACUUAGUAGUAUACGUCUCUCUCUCUCUUUCUCUCUCUCUCUCUCUCUCUCUCUCUCUCUCUCUCUCUCUCUCUAU